UCGGCGGGUGCGAGGGAGAGUCGAGGGGCGGCGGGCGGCAUCCUGGGCCCUGCGCGCUCCGCUCUCUGCGCCUCCCGGUCCACGCCCAGGCUGGGGCGGAUCAGGCUGGCCAGUGAACUUGGGGGUUCCCCUCUUCGCUCCUGUUCGUGUUGUGGUCGUGAAUUCAUCCAGGGUCCAGAAUGACGAUCCGACACCAAGGCCAGCAGUACAGGCCGAGGAUGGCUUUUCUCCAAAAGAUUGAAGCGCUGGUGAAGGAUAUGCAGAACCCGGAGACAGGAGUCAGAAUGCAGAACCAGAGGGUCUUGGUCACCAGCGUCCCUCACGCCAUGACAGGAGGUGAUGUUCUACAGUGGAUCAUCCAGCGCCUUUGGAUCUCUAACCUGGAGGCACAGAACCUGGGCAAUUUUAUUGUCAAGUAUGGCUACAUCUAUCCUUUGCAAGACCCCAAGAAUCUUAUCCUCAAGCCUGACAGCAGUCUCUACAGGUUUCAGACACCAUAUUUCUGGCCCACUCAGCAAUGGCCAGCUGAAGACACAGAUUAUGCCAUCUAUCUUGCUAAGCGAAAUAUCAAGAAGAAAGGGAUUUUAGAAGAAUAUGAAAAGGAAAAUUAUGAUUUCCUGAACAAAAAAAUCAAUUACAAGUGGGAUUUUGUCAUCAUGCAGGCCAAAGAGCAGUACCGGACUGGCAAGGAAAGGAAUAAGGCCGACAGGUACGCGCUGGAUUGCCAGGAGAAGGCAUACUGGCUGGUGCAUCGGAGCCCACCUGGAAUGAACAAUGUGCUAGACUAUGGCCUGGACCGAGUGACCAAUCCAAAUGAACUUAAGGUAAACCAGAAACAAACAGUCACUGCUGUCAGAAAAGAGAUCAUGUAUUACCAACAGGCCUUAAUGAGGUCCACGGUGAAGUCUUCAGUGUCUCUUGGAGGAAUUGUCAAGUACAGUGAGCAGUUCUUGUCCAAUGACGCCAUCAUGUCAGGCUGUCUCCCAAGCAACCCUUGGAUAACAGAUGAUACCCAGUUCUGGGAUUUAAAUGCCAAACUGGUGGAAGUCCCCACUAAGAUGCGGGUGGAGCGAUGGGCCUUCAACUUCAGUGAGCUGAUUCGAGACCCCAAGGGUCGGCAGAGCUUCCAGUACUUCCUCAAGAAGGAAUUCAGUGGUGGGGGUGUGGUCUCAGGCAUGGAGGCUCCACAGGGCACCGGUUGCAGCCCCCCCACCCCCACUUGCACUGCUGUGUUAAAGUUAAAUGCUUUUCAGCCAGGUCAGCACUUGGCUCCCAGCCCCCACCUGGCCGUGUAUACAGGGACCUGCGUGCCUCCCUCUCCUUCCAGCCCCUUCUCCCCAUCCUGCCGCUCUCCCAGGAAGCCCUUUCCCUCACCAAGUCGCUUCAUCCGGAGGCCCAGCAUCGCCAUCUGCCCCUCGCCCAUCCGAGUGGCCUUGGAGAGUUCUUCAGGCCUGGAACCCAAGGGGGAAGCCAGCUGGUCUGGUGCCAACUGUGGGCCCUCAGUCAUGGAGAGCAGUGAGACCUCUGUUGACCACUCAAGACCACAUGGCCAGCCCAGGGCCCCUCCCAAGGCCCGUGUGGCUCUGUCCCUUGGAAGGUUUCUGAGGCGGGGCUGUUUGGCAUCCCCAGUUUUUGCCAGGCUCUCACCCAAGUGCCCCGCUGUUUCACAUGGGAAGGUGCAGCCUCUGGGGGACAUGGGCCAACAGCUGCCAAGGCUGAAACCCAAGAAAGUAGCCAACUUUUUCCAGAUCAAAAUGGAAAUUCCUACUGACAGUGGGCCUUUCCUGAUGGACUCCGAUGACACCGGGGCUGGAGAGUCUGGUGACCAGACCACGGAAAAGGAAGUCAUCUGCCCUUGGGAGAGCCUGGCCGAGGGAAAGGCAGGCUGAGCAGGGCCUUGGGCUGGGAAGACAGUCCUGGCAGGCACCAUCAGACCUGGGCUCAUUUGCUGUCAAACCCAAGUGCAUUAGAAUGAUAUCAGAGGAGAAACGGAUGGGCUGGAGUGCAGGGACUGACUCCCAGUGGCCACCUUUCCCCUUCCCUGACUUUCCCUUGCUUGGCCAGAAAGGCAUGUGGUCCAGAAGGCAUCCCUUGCUGCCUUAAAACCAAUAAAAGUGUCAUUUGGAGAUUUUCUUGGAUUGA